AUGCCGGACGCGGUCUUCAAGGCACUGCCCAACAUAACAUGGGAAUGCGUACAGUGUGGCGUGCCAAACUUCUCAACAGGUAUAUUCGACACAACGUUGUUUGACUCCACCAAUAGCUACUCUGUCCUUAGCAAUAUCACUGGUACAGAUAGUGAAAUCAGCUUCAGCCAACCAAAUGCUACAUCGUCACCCCAUCGACGUCAGCAAAGUGCAAGGGAAUGCCCCACUACCACCAGGGUUGACACUGGACUAAGGACUCUGGUCGUGAAUUGCCAGUCCAUCAAAAGCCCAGGCAAGAAGGCAAUCCUACAGAAUAUGAUAGAGGCUACACAGGCUGACAUAGUCAUCGGCACCGAAUCAUGGCUAGAUGACUCCGUGAGAUCAGCAGAGGUGUUCCCAGCCAACUUCAAUGCCUACCGGAAAGAUCGGAGCAGCGACACCCGGGGAGGAGGAAGUGACGAACCAGAAGAGCUGAAGUCAGAAAACGCAAAGGCAGUUUGGACCAAGGUCCAAAUACAAGGCGCACAGGACCUCUACAUUGGCUCUUGCUACAAACCGCCUUCCUCCACUGACCCGGACUAUCUGGAACAGCUCAACGCAUGCCUCACUAAAAUCCCGAGAAACGUCCACCUAUGGCUGGGAGGGGAUUUUAACCUACCCAACAUAGACUGGGAGAAUGAAUGCCCGACACCUCAAGCCACUCAUGCCACACAGUGCAGACAGCUCCUAUCAAUUAUAAAGGACGCAUCCCUUGACCAAGUAGUGCAGUCACCUACAUGUAUCACCAAGGACACUAGUAGCCUGCUUGACCUUUUCUUUACUAACAACAGUACUCUCAUCAACAAAUGUGAGACCAUUCCUGGAAUAGGUGACCAUGAAGCCAUCUUCGUGGAUUCCAGCCUACAACCUAGGAAAGUGAAGAAACCGCCAUGCAAGGUCUACCAAUAUAGGAAAGCAGACUACCAGUCUAUGGGCGCUAAGCUGACAGCACAACACACUGAAUUCCUGGAGAAGAACAAGGACAUGUCAGUUAAUGAAACAUGGUCCACAUUUGAACAGCUCUUCAAACAGCUGAUGAACAAGCACAUUCCAUCCAAAAUGCUGUCAGGGAAUAAGGUGAAUAAACCUUGGAUAACCAAAGAAAUCAAGGCCCACCAGAGAAGGAGGAAUAAACUCUUCAACCGCCAAAAGGAAACAGGGCGACCGAAAGACAGACAUCGCUACCAACAGGCCAAAGCCACCACCCAACGACUUGAGAGGCAGGCCUACUGGCACUACGUCAAAGACCUGAUUGAAGUCGGGGACCCAGACCAAGCCCAGCAACCAAAACAGAAAAGGUUCUGGAACAUUAUCAAGUCUGUUAGGAAGGACAACUCCGGGGUGGCCCCCUUGAAAGAAAAUGGCAGACUCCAUAGUGACCCACAAGACAAGGCGAACAUCCUGAACCAACAAUACCAGUCAGUAUUCACCCAUGACACGGGGAGCGACACAAACCCUACGCCAGACGGGGAACCAGCACCAACCAUGCCCAAUAUCAUAAUCACAUCCCAUGGAGUGCUGAAACUACUACAGAAGCUAAACCCCCAAAAGGCAACCGGCCCAGACAUGCUUCCAGCAAGAAUCCUCAAGGAACUGGCAAUUAAAUGUGCUCCGUACCUGGGCUACAUAUACCAGAAAUGCCUAACAACAGGCUCAAUUCCAGAUAUAUGGAAGACAGCAACAGUUUCAGCCAUAUUCAAGAAGGGGGACAGGUAUAAAGCGAGCAACUACCGCCCUGUGUCACUCGUAUAUGCUGCAAGAUGUUAG